AGGAUUGUCCCUUACCUGGCUGCGGAGCGAUUGCAUUAGUAAAAUUAUCAAAUCAUUUAAGUCAAGUCCACCAACUUUCACCAGAAGAACGCAAGCCUUACUUACAACAAGCAAAACUUCGAAAGUAUAGAAUAUCAAAACCAUUACGUAAACGUUGGAUACCUUUUACGGAAAAUAUUCAUAAAAUUUAACCAAGCCUGCUAUUAUAAUGCUAUAAAAGGGGGACAAUUGCUAAUCUCGGCACACACAUUUUAAGCAAGACUGCUAAAGGUGAAAGAACAACUAAACUUCUAUAUUGUACGGCAAUACAUCAUGUCUUAUUCUGGAGAUGAACAGUUGAAUUCAGAAGCCAGUCACGUCAAAAAUCAAUCUUCGACCGAUGAUGAAAGUGACAGCAUGUCUGAUUCUCAAGGAUCAGAUGAAUCUGACUCCUCGCAAGUGAGCAGUGACGAAGACGAUGACGAUGACAGCGGCAAYUGGGAACGAAUUCAAGAUGAAGCAAGAGAGCGUCACAAAAACAAAUUUGAAACACUAGUUCGUCAUUAUGAGCAAGAAGGGGAGAGUCACGAGGUUGCUGAAGCUAAAGCAGAAAAUGAUUUACUCCCAACAUACAGAAAAGAGUUUCGUAAAGUACUGUUUGAGUAUCUUAAGUGGAUACAUGAUUUAAGGAAAAACUACAUUUUUCGCCAAAUUAUGAAAACAAAGCAAGAUUUAAUGGAUGUGGAUGGGUUUCAAUGGGAAGAGGCAAUGGAGGCAGCUAUUCACAAACGAAAGUUUAUGCUCAAUAAACUAUUUCAACAUAUUGAAAUACCCGACAAUGUUGAUGUUGAAAUGUAAAUUUUUAAUUGAAAAGAUUUUGAAUAAAACUAUUCAGUGUUUCAGUUGAGUUGUUAUCAAAUUUAUUUUGUUUUUCCGUUAGUGCAUUUUGUGUCUCAGCGCGUUGUUUUCCCGUAAACUAUAAUAUCGGAAUUUCGUGUCCACGCGUGUUGAACAUGCUUAUACAUUGAAAUCAAAUUAACAUGUCUUUAGAAAGAUCCCUCUUGUCCCACCUGUCCCGUGUGUCCCCGCUUUGUUCCCUUUCUUCCCUCGUGUCCUUCGAUUAUUCCCGACUGUCCCCCUUCUUAGCCUUUUCGUCCCCCUUUAAAAGCAAUAUGUAGGGGGACAAAUGGGCUAAGAAGGGGGACAGACGAAACGCGUUAGAAAUUAAAAAGUUUUACAACUACUCAAAGAGUUCUCCUUGGUGCUGCUCACUAGUCUAAGUUAAAAAAAAAAAAAAGCGCUAAUCGCAUGGUCCCCAAAUUAUUUACGUAAUAAUAACAUUAGUCACGACGUUGUUAUAUACACGUCCCUUUAAACAGCAUAUGUAAGCUUUUAGUCACUUCCUUAGGAAGUUGUAAAUCACGUUUACAUUAUUAUAUAUUGCUGUACUAUAGUUGUAAAAAUCAUUCCCUGAAGAAGUCUCCGUUAAGAGACGAAACGCGUUGGAAAUUAAAAAGUUUUACAACUA